GCGUAUGCAAGCCCCGCCCCAUAUGAAGGCGUCAUAUACUAAUAUGGUCACUAUGUCCUUAUAUGCAGUGCGGUGGGUGGAGCUCCAGUAACCACGGCUGUUUAGUGUCACUUUCACCGAAUUCUUAACUACGGUUCUCAGAGAUGAAUCGGACAGCUGGCGGGUGAAACGCACUGAAUCUCCUCUUGUAAACAACCUACAAGUUUUGACGGAUUAUUUAGGAACUUUCUUGGUACAAAGAAUUGUGUCAUACGGAAAGAACCUUUAGCGUUUAUUCAUUUUAAUUUUAUUUACACGUUUUUGCAACAAUAACAUUUCGCGUGCGGUCUUGUUUAGACGAAGAUUACGAUUAGGUAUCGUGUCAGUAUUAUUACUGGAACACGCUCUUUUCUUUUAUAGUUUCCGUUAAUAAUAAUAAUAAUACAUAAUACAUACAGUGUAUCUCUCAUUAAACUCCACACGUGGGAUUUCGAGAAGAUCGUGAAGUUUCAAGCACGGAUGGUCCUCUCGUGACGCGACACUCGGACAUUCUCGCGCAAAACUGACAGUAUUCGGAGCGACUGAAACUUGAACAUGUUUUGGGGAUUUCUCACGCAAUAAUUAUGCCACCUUCUCUUUUUCUUUGUAAAUAUUCCAAGACCUGUCCUGAGUAGAGAAGUAAAUUUCACUCUAUCAAAGUUUUUGUCGCAGAAAGAGGUGGUUGGAAGCGCCGCGCGCCUCGUCCAGAUCUCCUCAAGCGUCAUUCAGGAUCGUUUGAACUCUCCUCCCAGCUUGAAAGGAGUCACAUUGUAUCGGUCGUUACCACAGACAGUGUUGCGGGAUAGCAUGGCAAUGGUAGUAAAUCAGUGGCAAGAGAACAUUUCGGCUGAUCCCGGGUCCCAGCUGCAAAUGUGCAGUCAGGAGCCCGGCGGGACACCGGGAACUCCCUCAGGUUCAACCCCGGGCAACGACGCGCUCUCCGGGGACAAAAUUCCCAAUGUGGACUGCAUGGUUUGCGGGGACAAGUCCAGCGGCAAACACUACGGCCAGUUUACAUGCGAGGGGUGCAAGAGCUUCUUCAAACGCUCGGUGAGACGGAACCUGAGUUACACCUGCCGGGGGAACCGCGACUGUCCCAUUGACCAGCACCAUAGGAACCAGUGCCAGUAUUGCCGGCUGAAGAAGUGUUUGAAAGUCGGUAUGAGGAGAGAGGCUGUCCAAAGGGGUCGUAUGUCCAACUCGCAGUCCAGUCCAGGGCAGUACCUGAGCAAUGGGAGUGACCCAUACAACGGGCAGCCGUACCUUUCGGGCUUCAUCUCUCUGCUUCUACGGGCCGAGCCGUACCCCACCUCACGCUAUGGAGCCCAGUGUAUGCAAUCCAACAACCUAAUGGGCAUCGAGAACAUCUGUGAAUUGGCUGCCCGUUUGCUCUUCAGUGCCGUGGAGUGGGCGAAGAACAUCCCUUUCUUUCCUGACCUACAGCUCAUGGACCAGGUUGCGCUCUUACGCAUGUCGUGGAGUGAGCUGUUUGUUCUAAAUGCUGCUCAGUGCUCCAUGCCGCUGCAUGUUGCACCCCUGCUGGCCGCUGCUGGUCUACAUGCCUCUCCCAUGUCAGCCGAGCGGGUGGUGGCCUUCAUGGACCACAUACGUGUCUUCCAAGAGCAGGUGGAGAAACUAAAAGCCCUUCAGGUGGACACAGCUGAGUACUCCUGCCUAAAGUCCAUCGUACUCUUCACCUCUGAUGCCAUGGGUCUGUCCGAUGUGGCCCAUGUGGAGAGCAUCCAGGAGAAGUCCCAGUGUGCUCUUGAAGAGUAUGUGCGAAACCAAUACCCCAAUCAACCCAACCGUUUCGGCCGCCUGUUGUUACGGCUACCCUCCCUGCGCAUCGUUUCAUCUCCUGUUAUCGAACAGCUGUUCUUUGUACGACUAGUGGGUAAAACGCCCAUCGAGACCCUGCUGCGGGACAUGCUGCUUUCCGGCUCCAGCUACAACUGGCCUUAUAUGCCCGUCCAGAGAGACCGGCCCAUCUCACUCCAUUACAACGAGAACGGGCCCUGAUCCCACCCCCUUAAUCAAUAUCACAACCCCACCACCAUUGGGUCAUGGCCGAUACAGAGAAUCUGUCAGCAAGCCACGCCCCUUUCUGCCACAUCAUCACCGCUCACUUAUCUGAAGCACCAGCCGUUUGUUCCGUCAUUUGGAAUGGACCACAGAGUUCAUACAGACACCGAACUGUUUCCCACAGAGGUUUUCUAUGAACAAGGACUGUUUGGCCCAAAGUGCAAUGUCCAUUCCUGAUUUUGACUCAACCAGAAGCCAUUAAAGCUGAUGCCAAAACUUUACCAGAAAAGCUAUUAACUGUAGACGGACCUCGAAAACUGCACCACUUGUAUUAACGGGAGAGUCAAGAUUCUGUCCGUAAGUGUGUGGUGAAGUAAAAACUGAAACUAAGAUCCCAGCAGCUGAAUUUCGAGUGGGCGAGGUUUGUAUUACAUCCCCAAUAAAACCGAGAGAAAGGUGUGACUCUUGCAGGACUCGUUGGAGAGAAAGCCAUUGCCAAAGUAGGACAGGCAUCUGAACUCUCGGGAGCAUUUUGUGGAACCGAUGACUGAGGUGAAAUUUUGUCUAGUUGUUUUUUGCAUUUAGGUCUCUGAUGAAGUGAGAGGACUAGAAAGAGGCACUUGAAACCAGCCAGAUAACUCUCAAUUUCUGUGCUUUUCUCAGCUACAUCCAAAUAUUCAGCACAUCCAGACAGAAUGUUGCCGUAUCAAGCACAUGCGUCUUGUUAAAUACAGGUGUUUAUCUCCUGUAGCAUCAAGAGAAACACUAGGGUAAAAUAGGGUAUUCUGAAACAUUGUGGAAUGUCAGGAAAGCACUGAUGUGUUCAAGCCAACCAAGUCUAUGCUAACUUUAUCACAAGACAACCCAUCUAGAAUACGGUAAAGUCUGAUUUGAUCAUGUAAAGUAUUGAGGUGACAGGCAACUGCACAAAAUGACACAGAUUACCCUAAUUCACUCGAUAAACUCAAGACCUCAAUUAUGCCAAUAGUCUGCCUUUGAUGACCAGGUAUUUUGUGUAGCAUAAUGUAGGUUUCAUCAAGUUUUUUGUUACUUUCUCGCUCGUCUGAAUAUGUUUAAACCCCGCUGUCACAUUGUUAACAUGGCACUACAGCUUUUAAGGCAGCAUUUGGAUAUAAAAGCCAUUGGGACCUUUGAAAGCAGGACCUGUUGUAUUAGUUCACAGAAUAUUUCUAUCAAAGUAUGUUUUUCUGUAUUUUAGGUUUGGAGAAAUGAAUUAAUGAAAUAAAAUCUGUCAUUCACAGAA